AUUACAUUUGGCAAUUAUAGAAAUGAGUCGAUAAAUUUAUGUAGGAAGAUUGGGAUCUAAAAUAAGGCGGGAAGAUUUGUAACAGGAGUUUGAGAAGUAUGGGAAGAUAAAGGAUAUUGAUCUACGAAGCACACAUGCCUUCAUUGAAUUUGAAGCUUCAGAUGAGGCUAAGUAGGCAAUAUCAUAAGUGGACGGGCGAAGGAUAGGUGGUGAUCGUGUCACUGUUAAACAAAGAGAUGAUCGACCUUCAGGUGUAAGAGGACCAACAGCCAGAGAUGUGUGUUUCAAUUGUGGACGCAAAGGCCAUUGGGCAAAUGAAUGCAAGGAAGGCGAUUUGCGAGAAACAUGCUACAGGUGUUACAAGAAAGGCCAUAUCAAAAAGGAAUGUCCUGUGUCAAGAACUCCUAGUGAUGCUAAAAGAUAAAGAAGAGAUAGGAAAAGAAGAAGAUCAUCCUCUUCAUCCAAAUCUUCUUCUUCUUCAUCAAAAUCUAGGAGAAGAAGUAGAAAUUUCAAAAAAAACAGAUAAAAUAGAAGAUAAUCCAGGAAAUCAUCAAGUGAAAGUAGAAAGUCAAACUCAUCAUAAACAUCUAGAAGUUCAAGUAAAAAUUCAUGAUAAAUUGCAUCAAUUAUAUAAUUACAUAUAUGUUAAAAAUUAUUCUGCAAUUAUAAUACAUUACCAAUCUUAAUUAGUGAAUUGUUGGCACUGA